AUGGGAGGAGGACACUAUGUGACCUAUGCCAAAAACCCCAACAACAAAUGGUACUGUUACAAUGACAGCAGCUGUAAGGUAAGAGAAAACACACACACACACACACACACACACACACACACACACACACACACACACACACACACACACACACACACACACACACACACACACACACACACACACACACACACACACACACACACACACACACACACACACACAAACACACUCAUCCUCUACUAAUAGUCAAUUUAAUCUGGCAAACCAAUUAGUCAUUUUAAAGACAUAUUUUUUCAAGUGCGUACUUGUUUGCCGUAUCCUCUCUAGGAAGUGCACUCAGAGGAGAUGGACACGGACUCGGCCUACAUCCUGUUCUAUGAGCAGAAGGGAGUGGACUACUCUCAGUUCCUUCCAAAGACUGACGGCAAGAAGAUGGCCGACACCACUAGCAUGGACGAGGACUUUGAGUCUGACUACAAGAAGUACUGUGUCCUCCAGUGA